AUGGCAAUCAAGCAUCCAACAGUUGCUGUUUCAGCUCCUGGAAAGGUUCUCCUCGCGGGAGGAUACCUCGUCCUCGACAGAAAGCAUACGGGCCUCGUCUUCGGUCUCAGUGCGAGGAUCAAUGUCAUCGCGGGGGAGAUUCACACCAGCCAGGGUGUCCAGCUGAACGAGAUUAUGGUGGACAGCCCGCAAUUCCUGGAUGCUCAGUGGCGAUAUGGCUAUCACUUGGCCCCGGAAGGGGGUGGCAUCAAGGUUACGCAGCUGCAGGUAGGUUCCGUCAUUUGCAAAAACUCGUUUGUGGAAACAACGCUCAGCUACGCCCUCACGUAUAUCAACCGCCUCAAGAGCCGGCACUCUGAUCACAGCCUCAACCCGUCUCGUCUCAUCGUCCUAGCCGACAAUGACUACUACUCCCAAUCUACGCCGACCAACGGUGAACCGGGGCGUUUCUCCAAGUUCACCGUGCCGCUUAGCGGUGCCAACAAAACGGGGCUAGGAUCAUCCGCCGCCCUGGUGACGUCUUUGACGGCCGCCCUGCUCAGCCACUACCUCCCCAAGAACUUAUUCGACAUCUCAUCAUCCUCAGGCAAGCGCACACUGCACAAUCUUGCGCAGGCAGCGCACUGCGCCGCCCAAGGCAAGGUCGGCUCGGGGUUCGACGUCGCCGCCGCCGUAUACGGAUCAUGUCUGUACAGGAGAUUCUCGCCCGAUCUGCUGAGCCAGCUGCCCGAGGCGGGAUCGCCCGGCUUCAGCGAGAAACUGGCCUCCGUUGUAGACGGCGUGGUGUGGGAUGUAGAAGUGCAGACGGAGGGGUUGAGCGUGCCGGCCGGCAUGGCACUGCGAAUGUGUGACGUCGACUGCGGAAGUCAGACGGUAGGCAUGGUCAAAAAGGUGCUGGCGUGGAGGGCCAAGGAUGCCAGCGUGUCUGGCGAGUUGUGGGAUAAGCUUCAGACGCGAAACGAGACACUUGCCGCUGCGUUGAGGGACGGAAACGUAGCUGACGUGCCGGCUGCGGUGGACGCAGUUAGAGAACUGAUUCGGGAAAUGGGGAAGCGUAGUGACGUGCCGAUUGAGCCGGAGUCGCAGACGGAAUUGUUGGACGCGGUGAGUGCCGUGGAGGGUGUAUAUGGCGGCGUUGUUCCUGGGGCUGGAGGGUUUGACGCGCUGGCCCUGUUGAUGAAGGAUGAUGAGGAGACCAAGGGCCGUGUUGAGGAGAGGGUCGCGAAAUGGAGCCAAGAGAAAGACUCAAAGGUUCGGUUGUUGGAUGUCAAAGGUGAGAUGGAGGGAGUGCGGUGCGAGGACCUAGACAUUUAUUCUGGCUGGAUACAAUGA